AUGUUUGGAAGUCGCUAUACGGCCUUGACUUUCGAUAAGUUGGCUCAGUCCACMGGCGUUCGAGUCAUCUACGUCGAUCGCCCUGGUUUCGGUGGAUCAACACCAGUAGCUCUGGAGCAACGUGUUCAAGUAUGGCUUGAAACCGUGCCUGUGCUUUUGCAGAGGCUGGAAGUGAAGCAUGUAGCUUUGUGCACUCAUAGCGCGGGCACAAUAUAUACACUCAACACCAUGCUUCACCACCGCAACAUUUUGAGUCCAAUUGCUCCUUAUGUUGCGUUCAUGGCCCCAUGGGUCCACAGCGAGCAUUCUCAGGUGGCUUUGACGACUGCACUCUCGAAGCUACCCUCCGGAUUCAUAUCGCCAUGGAGCGAUAUCGCGACAUUCAUCAACACAAAGAUCGUUCCUGCAGCUUCAUUGUCGGGAGGCAUCUUCAGCACGAUUGCGAAUGUCUUUCAGACUGGGUCGCCGACUAUCAAUACGGAUAUGCAGGACAAGUACGGCGAUGAAGAAACGGGGAAGCAAAUUGAGAAGCUUCAGACCAAGUAUAUGUUUGCGGAGUCAAUGGCCGGUGGGACUGAGGAGGCACGUCUGUGUCUGAAGAGUGAUGGCGAGGGCUUGAUGGGUGCGUGUGAGAACUAUGAGCGCUAUGUGGAGGUAUUGCGCGAUCAAGAGAAGAAGGAAGGUCGGAAUGAUGGUGGGCCGAAGCUGAAGGUAUCUCUGCACUUUGCAGAAUCAGAUGCUUUGAUUGGGAAGGGUGGGAAGGAGUAUUUUGAAAAGUGCUGGAAGCAGGAUGGAGUUGGGGAGGUGAUUGAGACGGACAGUACUGAAUACCCUGGUACCAACCACGAUUCGGUUCUGAUAGACUUCAACAAGGGAGCGUUGAAGAGGAUUUUCGAAGCCAUAGCCAGCGCUCAUCAGGGUUAG